UACCGGAGAAAAGUGAAAUUACUUUUCCUCUGCCAAAUGUUAACACGGGACCUACGCUUCCAUAUAAUAUAUAUUCUCUGGUGUCGUAGAUACAUAAGUGCGGUUAAAUUUGGUGAAACAUGGCGUCAGCAGCAGCAGCAAAGGUGCAGGAAGUUCGAGAAAUCACUAGAAUUGAGCGCAUCGGUGCUCAUUCUCACAUCAGAGGUUUAGGAUUGGAUGACAGCUUAGAACCACGAAAUGUGUCUCAAGGAAUGGUUGGCCAACUUAUGGCAAGACGUGCCACUGGUGUUGUCCUGGAAAUGAUUAAAGAUGGCAAAAUAGCAGGUCGUGCAGUUUUAUUAGCUGGUCAGCCAGGUACUGGUAAAACUGCUAUUGCCAUGGGAUUAGCUCAAGCUCUUGGUUUAGAUACCCCUUUCACAUCUAUGGCUGGCUCUGAAAUUUACUCAUUAGAAAUGAGCAAAACAGAAGCUUUAACUCAAGCCAUAAGAAAAUCAAUUGGAGUUAGAAUUAAGGAAGAAACAGAAAUUAUUGAAGGUGAAGUCGUGGAAAUUCAGGUCGAUAGGCCUGCAACUGGGGUUGGUGCUAAAGUAGGAAAACUUACAUUAAAAACUACUGAAAUGGAAACCAUUUAUGAUUUGGGGAAUAAGAUGAUUGACAGUUUAAUGAAGGAGAAGGUUCAAGCUGGUGACGUUAUUACCAUCGAUAAAGCAACUGGCAAAAUAAAUAGACUGGGUCGUUCAUUUACACGAGCUCGUGAUUAUGAUGCAACUGGUUCGCAAACACGAUUUGUGCAAUGUCCAGAAGGAGAACUACAAAAACGCAAAGAAGUUGUGCAUACCGUCACUCUACACGAAGUUGAUGUUAUAAACAGUAGAACCCACGGAUUUUUGGCUCUAUUUUCUGGCGACACUGGUGAAAUAAAGUCAGAAGUUCGCGAUCAAAUAAACGCGAAAGUUGCUGAAUGGCGGGAGGAAGGAAAAGCUGAAAUUGUACCGGGUGUUCUCUUUAUUGACGAAGUGCACAUGCUGGAUAUAGAAUGUUUCUCAUUCCUGAAUCGUGCAUUAGAAAAUGAAAUGGCUCCUGUAGUGAUUAUGGCAACAAACAGGGGUAUUACGCGCAUUAGAGGCACGAAUUACAAGAGUCCCCAUGGUAUACCGAUCGAUUUAUUGGAUCGUAUGAUAAUAGUUCCAACUACUCCUUAUCAAGAGAAAGAGUUGAAGGAAAUUUUAAAAAUUAGAUGCGAGGAGGAGGAUUGCGAAAUGGCGGAUGAUGCCUUAACUGUACUUACGAGGAUUGCGUUGGAAACCUCUUUAAGAUACGCUAUUCAACUAAUCACUACUGCUUCCCUCGUUAGUCGAAAGAGGAAAAGUACAGAGGUCAAUAUCGAGGAUGUGAAACGUGUCUAUUCUUUAUUCCUGGAUGAGAACAGGUCUUCACAGUUUUUGAAAGAGUAUCAAGAGGAUUUUAUGUUUAACGAAUUGCCUGAACAAGCCAUGGACGUCUCUUAAUUAUUAAAUUGACAGAAUUUGUUUAUUAAGAUUGGAAUCACUACUGCGAUAUCUAAUCUACGUUUCAUUGCGUACCUUUCUGUUGUACUAAGUAUUAUCUCGUACAAGAUUUCGUUGUAAUUAAUUAUAAAUAAUUGUAAGUCAGAACGUUCUAUGGUUUUAUAUUAGAAAUAACUCUGUCAGUUUAUUACAAAAUAAAAAAAUAUAAAAUAUA